AUGGCUGGAGCCCCAGGUCUUCGAGAAUCGAUAUUGCUUCGAGAUCGCGGGAGGCCUGGGGCGUUCAGGCUCGUGGAGAGCGAGGGGCUCAAGGAGGGCGGGGCUGUCUUGAAGGGCUCGGGUGUCUGCCAUUAUAUCUGCGCUGACAACCUCGGCGCCCUCUCGCGCGACCCCUCAUUCACUUCGCCCAUCCUGUCCCACGCGGCAGUCCAAUUCGAGGAGAUGGGGCUGGUGACUCGCGAGCACGACGCGAGCGUGACCUCGUCGAAGGCCCUGGGGGCUCAUCUUGAUCUCGAAGGGCUCGGAGUUGCGCUUGCGCCCGCCCGUUCGUGGAAAGCGCGGUUCUUCGGGAGCCUGGAGGAGCUGGGGCCCGAUGGCGAGUUCGACGAUCUCGAUCAGCCCUACGACGUUGACAAGAGGUUCCCUGAGGUGCCCCACAAGCUGCUUUCUGAGGCCUGCUGGUGCACCCUUUUGGCUGGCCCCUGGAGGUACUUCGAUGAUGGCAUCUUUCCCUUGGAGGCCAGAGCUUUGCUUUUGGGGUUCCAGGCGGCGGUGAGCGAUCGCGAGAUCAGGAACGCGCGGGUGCUCUUCUUGGUUGACAACAUGGGGGCGCGCCUGGCGUUCGCCCGAGGGCGCGCCUCCGACUUCAGGACCCUUACGUGUAUGAGGCGUAUGGGAGCUGGGUGUCUGUCCCUGGGGCUGCGCGGCUCGGGCAGGGCGCCUGCCCGCGGGGUCGACGAUGACUCCGACGGCGCCUGGGGCCUCGAGGAAUCUGGUGGCCGACUCGCCGGCGCCGUCGGCAAGCCGCUCUUGAUGACUCGGAUCAAGCAUUCCCCGACGGACCAGGACCCCAAGGCCCUCGACGACCUGAGCGACGAGGCGGCGACCGAGAAGCACGAGGAAAGCGACGGGACCUCGGAGACCGCGAAGGUUCGGGCGCGGCCAGCCCGCAGGGCUCGUGCGCCAGCGGCUCCGCAGGUUCGUCAGGCUCGUCGACCAGUCGAGCCCAGCCGUCUCCAGGGGCUCGGUCUUCUGCCGCUGGGGUCCAGCGCAGUCCAGACGCAGACCGAGAUCAACUACCACGAGGCAGUGAUCUCUUGGCGGGCCCGGGCCCGCGAGUUGGGCGAGCCUCUCGGCGCGGCCGCCGAGGUGGGCGCGUCGGAGGCGCGGCAGCUUCAAGAGUUCUUCGACCGAGGCGAGAACCUGAGCAAGGGCGAGAAGCUGGCGGCCGGGCUCGAACGCAUCCUGCCCGAUUUCGGGCGGCGCGGCAACUUUUAUCUUCCCCGAUGCUAUCGGGCGCUCACGGGAUGGAGGCGCCGUUGUCCGCCGCGAUCGCGCCGCCCCCUGGCCUCGAGCAUCCGGUCGGCCAUCUUCUGGGAGCUCUGCCGUGCCAACAACUGGAGCGCGGCGGUGCGCGCGCUGUUCAUGUUAGUGACCUACGUGAGGCCGUCCGAGCCGCCGAAGCU